UUACGCGGUGGGUUCGAUCCCCGUCCACGGACGUUUCGCCGCUUCUGCGUUUUGGCGCGGUUUUUCUCGGCGGCGGAAGGAGAUCGUGGCGUGGUGAUACAUAAGGCCGAGCCGCAGCCACACCCACUGUGUCUGAUAGUACCGGCGGAGGAGAAACAAGUCCCUGGACCUCCACGCACCAUGCUGCCUUUCUCCAACUUUAAUUUCACACGCAGGACGUCACGCGCAAGCAGAAACAUUUAAGUUGAACCCCUCAACUUUGGACUUUAUUGGAUAUUUUAAUUUUGAUUUUUUUACCUCUAAAAACCGUCAGAUUCUGAGGUUCAAACAUGUUGCAAAGUUUCUCUCAGUCACCGGACUGGCUUUACACGGAGCCGCUGCUGUUCGAUGAUGAGUUCUGCCAGAGCCUGAUGAAGGACCUGCAGUCGCUGCCGACGCCCCCCCAGUCCCCGCCGAUGAAGGCGGACCCGGGCGGCGGGAAGCCCCUGUCCAAGGAGGACCAGCUGAGCUACGUGUCGGACAUCCUGCUGGAGGACCGCGACAUGCAGCAGCUGGCCUGGACCUGCGACUUCCUGGCCUCGGAGCGGGAGUCCUGCCUGCCCUGCUCCCCGCUGGAGGAGCCCGGCGAGGACCUCCUGUGGCGCUGCCUGACUGGGGACAAAGUCCUGGAGGAGAAGCUGAUGCUGGGCUCUAGCCCGCCGCUCGCCGACAUCGACGCCAGCAUCUUCGAGGAGAUCGCCGGCUCCGCGCUGGACUUUCAGAGCCUGAUGGGCUCUCAGGAGACCAGCGAGUCCACGUCGGACUACGGCUCCACCGGCGGGGAGAUGUCAUCCAGUGAUUCCGAGGAGGAAAUCGAUGUGGUGACAGUGGUCCGCUGCCCCUCCAGCCUCUCUCCUCUGCCGGACCAGUCGACCUGCAAACGGAAACAGGAGGAGGUGGAGCGAGCGCGCCAGCUCCAUCACCUGGAGAUCCAGCAGCAACACAACUACGCCGCCCCGUACCCCACCUCGCCGCCGCCGAAACAGUCGUCGUCCAACAAGCGCUCGAGGGGGAGCGACGGCUCGUCCCGCCACAGCCACUCCCCCCGCAGCAGCAGCUCCUCCUCCUCGUCCUCGUCCCGCUACCACUACGUGUCCCGGAACUCGACGGAGACGGAGGACGAGGUGGAGCGGCGGCGGACUCACAACGUGAUGGAGCGCCAGCGGCGGAACGAGCUGAAGAACUGCUUCCUGCGGCUGCGCGACAACGUGCCGGAGCUGUCGCACAACGACAAGGCGUCCAAGGUGGUGAUCCUGAAGAAGGCCAGGGACUGCAUCUACGGGCUGGAGGACGAGAGCCACCGGCUGCAGGCCAAGAGGGACAAGCUGAGGACCAGGCAGGAGGCCCUGAAGACCCGGCUGCAGGCGCUGCGCAGCUAAUGCGCGGUUUUCCGGGUGGUUUUUUGUUUUGUUUUUGUACAGACUGAUACGGGACACCACGCUGCAGAGCUCACAGAAACAUUUCAAAGACUCUUGGGGUUCCAGGCGAUCCGGACUGUAACGAACACUGGUUUCUGGGUCAGAACAYGACAAACUCAACGCCACAAAUUUUCAUGCCUCGACUGCUGACUGUUGUAGAGUGUUAGGUUGUUUUUAACUGCGUUUAUUUUCAUUCCCCCCCUUCGUUCUCUGUUAAUCCGGGUCUUGGGUAUGAAUGGCCCAACGACCAGACCUCUCGUGUCUGGGAGUUUAAACUUGGAAAAAAAAAUUUUUUUUCAGGAUGUCUGUAGCCACCUCGACCAGCGAUUCCCUCCUAUCUGAAGUGGAAAUAUCAGUAAUAACAAUUUAAGCUCAUAAAACUACCAAAGUCCAGAGUAAAAAGGACGUUUUUCUUUUGUUCAAAACCAAAAAACUCAACCAGCAGAGUUGUAGCCGAUUGUUUAGUUUCUUAUUGGAGGCAGACGGUUUGUUUCAGAGCUCAACGUUUCAUAUUCAAGUGUUUAUUUCAGCUAUUGAAGCACAGAGUAUCCAUUAACUUUAAUUUUUAGAGCAUCAUAAUGGUGACUUUGGAGGAAAACAGCUGCUGGGAUAUUUAAAAGGUUCAAACCAGUGAUGACUGUUAUCAUUGUUGACGAUGACAACUUAUUAUUGAAUGCAUGUGUGUCUUUAAAUGUUUCRUUUUAUAAGACGUUAAAUCAGGUUCUGGUUAGUUGGAGGUUUUUUAUUUUUAUUUUUCUGCCUUAAAGUUAUUCAGGACUUCUAAUUUUUUGGUUAAAAGUGUCAUUUUUCCUACAGAAACAAUGGUUUGUCUCAGUUUUAAAAAUUUUUUGUAUAAGUUCGAUCUCCGGUGAAGACGCAGUGAGGUUUUAAUAAGACUGCAGGGAUCUUUUUUAUUUUUAUUUAAUUUUUUAUUUUCUUCACGUUAAACUCGGCAAACCUACCUCCACCUGACUGCAGUUAGGUCUUGUUUUGUUUUUUUCCUUUUUUAUAUAUAUAUAAA